GCAGUGAUGACGUAUUCAAGCGGCAAAUCGGGCGCUCUUCGUAUGCAUUCCUUGUAGUUUGUCGGGAUGAUCCAUGAAUUAUUAUUGGCUCUUAGUGGUUAUCCAGGUUCUGUAUUUGUGUGGAAUAAACGAAAUGGACUGCAGGUAUCCCAGGACCUACCCUUUCUUCAUCCUAGUGAGACCAGUGUACUGAACAGAGUUUGCAAGCUUGGGACAGACUACAUUCGUUUCUCUGAGUUUAUUGAGCAGUAUACGGGACAUGUUCAACAGCAGGAGCAUCAGCCUUCUCAGCUGGGGCAGCCAGGAUUACAUGGAAUCUAUCUACGGGCAUUCUGUACUGGUCUGGACUCUAUGCUUCAGCCCUACAGACAGGCAUUGCUUGAUCUGGAGCAGGAGUUUUUGGCAGACCCUCAUCUUUCCAUUUCCCACAUAAAUUAUUCUCUGGAUCAGUUCCAGCUUCUUUUCCCAUCAGUGAUGGUUGUGGUGGAGCAGAUUAAGUCUCAGAAGAUCCAUGGGUGUCAGAUUUUAGAAACCGUUCAUAAGCACAGCUGUGUUGGUUUGCCUCCUGUCCGAACUGCUUUGGAAAAAAUAUUAGCAGUGUGCCAUGGAGUGAUGUACAAACAGCUUUCAGCAUGGAUGCUUCAUGGAUUGCUAUUGGACCAGUAUGAAGAGUUCUUUGUCAAGCAGGGAGCCUGUUCUGGGAGCACACCAGUACAACCUGAAGAAGAGGAAGAAGAUCUCGGAAUUGGGGGUCUAACAGGAAAACAACUUCGAGAAUUGCAAGACCUGCGCCUCAUUGAGGAAGAGAACAUGUUGGCUCCAUCACUGAAACAGUUCUCACUGCGAGCAGAGUUGUUGCCUUCCUAUAUUCCAGUGCGUGUAGCAGAGAAGAUCUUAUUUGUGGGAGAGUCUGUGCAGAUGUUUGAGAACCAAAACGUCACCCCAACACGCUCAGGCUCUAUUUUGAAAAAUCAGGAGGAUAUGUUUGCAACAGAAUUGCAUCGACUCAAACAGCAGCCUGUUUUCAGCCUUUUGGACUUUGAAAAUUUGGUGGAUAAGAUCAGGAGCACAGUUGCAGAGCACCUUUGGAAGCUAAUGGUUGAAGAAUCUGAUUUGCUUGGCCAGCUGAAGAUAAUUAAAGAUUUCUAUUUGCUGGGACGAGGAGAAUUAUUUCAGGCCUUUAUUGACAUAGCUCAAGUCAUGUUAAAUACUCCUCCUUCUGCAGUAACAGAACAUGAUGUGAACGUUGCUCUUCAGCAGUCUGCACACAAGGUUUUACUAGAUGAUGAUAACAUCCUCCCUUUGCUUCAUCUAACAAUAGAUUACCCCGGGAAAGACCAUAAAGAUGCAUCUCAGGGACGUGACAUGACUCCUCGGGAGGCUCCAGCAUCAGGCUGGGCAGCUUUGGGACUUUCCUAUAAAGUGCAAUGGCCUCUGCAUACUUUAUUCACACCAGCGGUGCUGGAGAAAUACAAUGUUAUGUUUAAAUAUCUUCUGAGUGUACGUCGUGUUCAGGCUGAGCUACAGCACUGUUGGGCCCUACAGAUGCAACGUAAGCACUUGAAAUCUAAUAAUACGGAUGCAGUAAAAUGGAGAUUGAGAAAUCACAUGGCAUUCCUAGUUGACAAUCUGCAGUACUAUUUGCAGGUAGAUGUAUUGGAGUCUCAGUUCUCUCAGCUUCUUCAGCAAAUUAAUGCUACGCGAGAUUUUGAGAGCAUUCGACUGGCUCAUGAUCACUUUCUGAGCAACCUGCUUGCACAGUCAUUUAUCUUGUUGAAACCAGUAUUUCACUGUCUGAAUGAGAUUCUGGACUUGUGCCACAAUUUCUGCUCUUUGGUUAACCAGAAUUUGGGCCCACUGGAUGAACGAGGAGCAGCACAGCUGGAUAUCCUUGUGAAGGGAUUCAGCAGGCAAUCAUCAUUGCUUUUCAAGAUACUUUCCAGUGUAAGAAACCAUCAGAUCAAUCCAGAUUUGGCACAGCUUCUUCUGAGACUUGACUACAAUAAGUACUACACACAAGCUGGAGGCACACUGGGCAGCUUUGGAGUCUAACCUUUUGAGGCAAGCAGCAACCUUCAAAAGAGGAAUAAGAACUCUGGAAAACAUAGCUGAUUCUCUGAAAGUGGCCAGCAGGAGCUCAUUAAGAUUUGAUAGCUCAGUGUAGUCUGCAAGGACCCUCAGAUGUGAACAUUCAGUCCACUGUCAAGAUAUUUGAGGAGGAGGGAAAAAAAACAACUUUUCAGCUUUCCAGUACAACUGUGGACUGAUUAUGACUCCAUCGAGAUACCACUUUAUAAGACUCAAGUUUGUUUCCCUCCCUACAGGUUUCUGCUGACCUUUCAAUAAGUGGUGGAUUGCCUAACUGAAACAAAUAUUGUAUGUAAAGCAGAUUUUUUUAUACAGUGGUUGUUUACAGCUGUACAGUAUUGUAUAUAGCUACAGACAUGCUUUAUGCUCAAUUUUGACAGGCCCUGUUAUAUUGUAUAUAUUUACAUUCGUGCUUUCAUUGACCGAUUUAUUUGUGUAUAUAUAUAUAUGUUUGCUACAGGAAAUAAAUACUGCUUUUUUUUCUCCUGUCGAUAGCUAAUAUGAAGAAAAUGUCAAGUUAAGUUUUAUGAUGUUUAAAUGAAAGUUUCCAAAAGCUUUUCCUUCUAUUGUAAUUCUUAAAUUAUUUAGUGCAGAGACAUCAUGACAGAGCCAGCGAGGAUGGAUGCACCAAUCCUUGGGCCAGAGGGCUGGUGUUCCCACUUGGUUUCUGCCACUGCUGUAAUUGCAGGACCUUGGCUGGAGAGUAGAGACCCAAUGAUGGGAAAGACUGGGGCAUAGCCACUCAAGCCUGUGACUGUAGCCCAUGAUGGCACUUGUGGAUAAACAUGCAUGCACACACAAGGAAUGAUUGGCAAGCCUUGCAGUGAUGCAAGUGCUCAAAUCAACACCAGGUGUAGUCUGCCCAAAAUAAAUAAAUAAUGCUGGGGUGCCGGCCAGUGAGAGCACAAAGCACUCCCUUGAAUGCCUGGCAAAUGAUCCCCAUUUCAGUACAAGUCUUGAAAUUUUUUUUAGACAUCUUUAUUAUAACUUAAGACAUAGGCAUACAUACAUUGAUAAACAAAAUAAACCAUAUUAACAUUUUUUUUAUUUACAUACAUUUUCAUUCUUUGCAACUCUUAUUUAGUCCCACCAUUACAUAAAUUGGUCAAUUCCUGCAUUCCCUUAAACCGCACUUCUUCUGAACAUCAUUUUGCAUUUACGGUUCCCACAAAUUUACAUAGAUUUCUAUGUGAUUUGUUCCCUUCAUUUUCUAAACAUCCUUUGUCUAGUUCCGUUAUAUCUUUUUUAUAAUAAUCAAUACUUCAAAUGUGGUUGUUUAGAUUUUGAUUUCCAUUUUCUAUUAAUUGCUUUUUUGGCAGCCAGUAGAAUUAAACAUAAGGCCUUGUGUAUGGAAUUUGUAAAAUCUGCCAAGUCACUACUUUCCCAAAACACAUUCCCAAUUGCAUCUUUCCUCCCCGUCAUACUGCCAUCAUUUUCUAUCUACCUAAGGAAAAAUUCUUUGAAGUCUGCUUCUGGUAUAAAAAUACUUAUGCAAACACUUUCAAGCAAAAAUCCUAAUCAGUCUGGAAUUUGUUACAUUCUUAGGAGGCAUACAAAAGUCCUCCCAUUGUUACCUUGUAAACUGCUCUUCCAGUCUCUCUUCCCAGUCUUUUCUAAUCUCCACUGAUUGAUUCUUAUAGUUAUCAUGCAGAAUUUUAUAUACUUACAAUUUAUCCAUUUUUAACAGCAGCUUCUGUCCUAAAUUCAAAAAACCCAUCACAGCAGGUCUUUCACUUUAGAUUAUCCUAUCCCUUUCUCUCUGCCUAUACUCUAUCAGUUCCUUUCUCUUUUCCAUUCUAGUUAUUUGUGUCCAAUACCUUGGUUCCUUUGCCAGUCUUCUCCAGUAAAUUUUAGCCACCUCUUGUGAUUUUUCUGUACCCCUACUGGAAAACUCGCCAUUGUCAUGUUGGCUUAGUUGUUAGAACACUUUCUACUUUAUGAUUAUAGUAUUCUGUAUGAUUAUUAUUCCCCAUAAGGAUCUGCAUCCAAAACUUAACUCUGUUUGUUGAACCUUCCACAUGUUUUGCAUCAUUUCUUUCCAUUUUGAAUUAUAACCUUCUGAUUGUGUUAUGUAUAAGAGCCUUACUUGUCUAGCUCUGAACUAGACCUUCAAAUCAGUUAAUCCUAAACCACCCUGUUCUAUUGGAAGGAUCAACUUAUCCCCCUUAACUCUUGUAAUCUUCCCCUCCUAGAUAAAUUAGUUUAACUCUUCAGUAAUUAUUAACCACACCAUCUCCGCUGGUUGAUAAAAACAUGACUGACCUGUAUAUAAAAUUAAAAGGACUGAAAAUAUUUUCACUGCAUGUAUUGUACUAUUCAUAUCCACAAUUAAAUGAUUCCAGUUUCUCAAUUUUUGUAAUAUUUGUUAUUUAGUCUCUUCUCCCAUAUCCUUAGGUACCAUUAAUAGAUGCCUUUUUAACCCACACUCUCGAACACUUCAUCUUAUCAUGUCCCCAUAAAUAUGGGUAUUGUUGAAGCAAUUUAUGUGAGUGUAAAUAAUUUACGGUCAUAACCUUUGUUUUAUCUUCACUAAUUUUAUAUCCCAAAAAUACUUGAAAUUGUCUCAAAAUGUUCCACAACACUGAUAUGUCCUUUCCUGGAUUUAUCAGGUACAAAAUAAUAUCUGCAGAUAAAGCCGAUGUUUCUUGAUUAUCAUACCAACUGCAUCCUUGCAUUUCUGAGUCUUUUACUUUCUUUGCUUGUGUCUCUAAAUAUUUAAUCAGCAGAAAGUCGAAAGGGUUGCUGCCAAACAUAGAGAACCUAUAACAAGAAAAAUAACCAGAGAUUUUGUACAAGUUUGAGACAUUUGGGAAAAUUUGUAUAAAGCACUGAAAUAUAGAAUUCAAGAAAGAGUACAAGUGGAAAUAAUUAUGACAAGGGUGGAGGUAGACUCGGUUCAACAACUAACAGUUAAGAUAGGAAGUGAUGAGAUAAAAACAGUGA